AUGGGUAGGUAGGUGUCUAGACGGUAGCGCACCCAGCUACCCCAGGUUCCCCUCUCUUUACGACCUCCCUCCACUUCGCUCAGCGUCAUAUCAUACUAUAUCAUCACCACGCCCAGAAUCUGUUCGGCUGGAAAGACAGCCAUGACCUACCGGCCACCAAUCCCGCACCCGGUCCAGCUUCCCAUUAUUAUUGACGCAGCCGAAACCCGCACCCUGCUGACCUUUCCCACCGAGGGCCUCCCGUCCCCGUGUAUUGUCCCCCACACCAGUCUGCGCGCCUUCCCCGUCCGCUACCCAACCGGCUCCGCGCCCGCCCAGACCCAGAUCAACCGCUGGCUGUGCUGCCGCUGCGCAGAGGAAGGGUAUCCCGACCCCGUGGGGAUGGUUCACUAUCCUAGUCCUCCUCCAGCUUCUUCUUCUUCUUCUUCCGCUCCUCUCCACCAACAACACCACCACCAUCACGACCGCGACGUGCCUCAGAAUAAUAACAACACGAACGAGGAUUACCCGGCCGACGGGAGCGCAGAGGCCAGCAGCAGCAGCGGCGGCGACGACGGGAGCUUCGACGUCUGCUGGCGCACCAGCUGCCGCCACCGGAAGUGUGUCAACUGCGCGCUCUACGCGGGGCCGCUGGGCCGCGACGGCCAGGCGAAGCUGCUGAUCCGCACCGUCGGCGGCCUGCACGCGUCGCCCCGGUUCGUCGACCCGGUGUACUGGGAGUGCGCCGGGUGUGGCGACUGGGCGUCGAACCGGUUUGAUUCGCGGUGCACGCUCGGGAUCACGGCGUGUGCGAACGCGGCUUGUCCGUUCCGUUGGCGGGCGGCGCAGGCGCAGCUUGGGGCUGUUGUUGUUCGUCAUGGGCAGCUUGUGAGCGGCGGCGAGACAGGAGGAGGAAGUCUUGCGACAGGGGCCGGGUUGCUGACGGCGGAGAGCGUGGUGAUGAAUCGGUAUGGGCAGCGGCUGGGCACGGCGGACCAGAGGGUUGCGGUGUCGGAUGGGCCGUGGGAUUGGCAGCGGCGGGCCCUGGGCGAUCCGCGGUGUGCGAUCGUGGCUGGUCUGAGGGCGGCAAUGAGGAGGGACGGCGGUGCCGACGGGAGGGCCAUGCAGUUCGGUAGUCGUGUCAACAACGGUAGUCAUGCGACGGCCAUGUGUGAUUCAGGGGCGCUGUGGAAGGACGGGGAGCCCGUGCCUCAUUAUCCUUAUAGGAGGCCGCCGCCGCUGGAUGGGAGCGAUGCCGACGAGAACAACGAAUAUGAGGGCUCGUACCUGGCCGGGAUGCCGACGGAGCCGCUGGACAAGGGAAAGAGUCCAGAGCAGCACUACACAAGCCCAAGCCGCAAUCCGCCUUUCUAUGCGAUUCCGAGCCCCGCGGCCGCCAGUUCGGGUGCCGUUAGCUCCGGGUCAUUGGGCUCGUUGCCGGGAUGGAGUCGUUUGCACAUGUAGCACGGGCGGACGGUACGAGGGACGGGAGGGACCAGCUAGUGCGUAAUAACUGGUCCCUGACAUCCGCCUUGACACGGCUACCUAUAGGAGGA